UCAAUAUCUCUAUGUUUAAUAAAUAUCCAAUUAUUUGUUGGUCCAGAAUCAAAAAAUUAAUUAAAAUGGAUAACUCCGACGAUCUACCGCCCAUCGACAUUGUUACAUAUAUAACAGACGAGUUGCAGCAAACAUACAGAAGCACGGGUGGCGAGAAAGAAAAGGUAAAAGUAUUAAAUGACUUUCUUGAGCGAUGGGAUGACGACAACUCCAUUGCAAAGCUCAAGGCUACAAACAUUGAGUUUGAAUCGGAUUUGGAUUGGUUUAACGUCAGUGAGCCCUUGACCCUGGAAGGUCUGCGCGGAAAAGUGGUUGUUCUAGACUUCUUUACCUAUUGCUGCAUAAACUGCAUGCACGUAUUGCCAGAGCUGCACAGUCUGGAAGAGCGCUUUCCCAUUGAAAGUGGACUUGUGGUUAUCGGUGUACACAGUCCGAAGUUUGAGAACGAACGCACUACGUCAAACAUACUGUCUGCUGUAGAUCGAUAUUGUAUCACGCAUCCCAUUGUAAACGAUUCCCGUUCCGCUUUGUGGCGUGCUCUUGGCAUACGCUGCUGGCCAUCAAUAAUGGUGUUGAGUCCGACUGGGUUGCCGAUGUUGUUACUUAUGGGUGAAGGACAUGGGCUAUUCCUGCAAGAGUUUAUUGGUGCCGCGUUAUCUUUUUUUGGCCGACAGGAGAAAAUCAAUUUCGGCAGUGUACCUAUUCAGCUGUCAAGUCAUUUGCAUCCGGCGUCUAGCUUGCGGUUUCCUGCUAAAAUUGCUCGAAGUGCAUCGGGUCGCUACGCAAUAGCUGAUGCUGGUAACAAUCGUGUGCUUGUGAUGUCCCCCGAUGGUGUCGCAGAACACAGGAUCGGUGGUCUUCAGGCUGGCUUCGUGGAUGGUAAUUUGACUUUAGCCCGUUUUAAUAGUCCGCAGGGAGUGGCUUUUCUGAAUGAGAACACGCUAAUUGUUGCUGACACCGAAAAUCACGCACUCCGAAAAAUAUCUUUAGAAAAUGAAAUGGUAGAAACCCUUGCCGGUACCGGACAACAAGGAAACGAACGGGUUGGUGGUCGUGUAGGGCCUUUGCAGUCUUUAUCUUCGCCUUGGGACGUGGCUGUAUUUCGCACUCGUGAUAUGGAUAUGUCCUUUCAUCUUGACGAGCGUAAUGUGCCUGAAAAAUCCAUUAUACUUAUCUCAAUGGCCGGAACUCAUCAGAUUUGGGGAUACUUUCCAGAGGGUAUUAUUUGGUGGAAAUUUCGCAAGUUCGAGCCACUCUGUUGUGUGUCGUUGAUCGGCAACGGCCUGGAAGAAAAUCGUAACAACUCAUAUCCACAGAACGCUGCAUUUGCUCAGCCCUCUGGUCUGGCCAUGUCCAAAGACUUUCUCUUCAUAGCUGACAGUGAAAGUUCUAGCAUACGGAAGGCUUCCAUGAUUGAUGGAAAAGUGAUGCCAGUAGUUGGAGGCGAUCGCAACCCGCUGAACCUAUUUGCAUUCGGCGAUGUCGAUGGCAAGCUUUCCAAUGCGAAACUUCAACACCCGCUCGGCGUGGCACACAAUGAUGCCGACAACAAGGUGUUUGUGGCUGACACAUAUAAUCAUAAAAUUAAAGUUAUUGAUACCGAGACGAACGUUGUUUCGACAUUGGCUAUCAAAAGUCAAGAUGGCACUCCUCUGACUUUCAACGAGCCAGCUGGACUAUGCUUGGACGCAGACGGAAAGAAUUUGUUGGUCUCAGAUACCAAUAAUCACGCCAUACAAAUAAUUGAUUUGUUAACCCUUAAAGCCCGACCAUUAGUAGUGGAUUUUAGCAAAGUUGAUAGCGCUAGUGAAACGGAUGCGCCGCAACUUCCACUAAAGAAUGCCGAACAUCAUAUUCUCAGGCCUUUGCCUUUGCAUUGUAACAAAAAGAGCGCGAUAAACUUCAAUAUUCGACUCUCGCCACAGCUUAAGUUUACAGAAGAAGCUCCGCAAAAAUGGACGAUUAGAACGUUGAACAGUGCACUGGAGGUGAAUAAAAAAUCCGGAUGCCUAACCAAUGGAAUGUGCAACUUGGAGGCACAGAUAAUGAAAAAGGAUUUUGGAAAUGCAAACAAUCCUUUAUUUACUAUUGAAUUUGCCUUGAAUCUGUGCGACGCAAAGUGCUGCCUUAUGAAAAGGUUCGUUGUUGUUGUUAAUUGCGAGCCCAAUGUGGAGGAGUACAUACAGAGCCAUGAUGUAAAUAUUCAAGUCGACCAUUCAAGUAUAAGCUCAUGAUGCUAAAAUAUGCUCAUCGUUUUUCUCGUAUGUACAGUCCUUUUUAUUGAAAUUGUUUAUUUACAUAAUUGUUUAGUUUUUAAUUUGACUAUUUGACAUAAUAAAAUAUUGAUUAAAAUGAUAA